CAGCUGUGGCCGGCUGAGGGUACCGAGAAGAGGGUGUUUCCCGCGGCCGAGUUGGCCCGGGUCUCGGCUGGGGCUGCUGACCGCCAGCUUGGGGGAGUAGCCGAGUGGUCUUGCUUUCCUGACGCCUCGGACGCGGAGUCUGUAAAGCCAGAAGAGGAGGUUUGAUUCAGUAACUGUUUCCUCUUUUCCGGGUCGCUCUGACCCUUCUCUGGAUACUGGGUUAAUACACAGAAAUACCGAAGACGACGUUUGGGAUUUUAUUUUUUUCUGUGUUUGGAAUUUUACUUCUCUCUUGGACAAGAACUCAAGAACAAAAUCCUCGGAAGAGGAAAGCAUCCCGGGAGUGGUUUCUUUACAGUACUUCCAUCAGAAGAGUGAGAGAUGGAACCUGAAGAAGAAAGGAUUCGGUACAGCCAGAGAUUGCGUGGUACCAUGCGACGUCGCUAUGAAGAUGAUGGCAUUUCAGAUGAUGAAAUUGAAGGGAAAAGAACUUUUGACUUAGAAGAGAAGCUCCAUACUAACAAAUAUAAUGCCAAUUUUGUUACUUUUAUGGAAGGAAAAGAUUUUAAUGUAGAGUAUAUCCAGCGGGGUGGCUUGAGAGACCCUCUCAUUUUCAAGAAUUCUGAUGGACUUGGAAUAAAGAUGCCGGAUCCAGACUUCACAGUGAAUGAUGUCAAAAUGUGUGUGGGGAGUCGUCGGAUGGUGGAUGUCAUGGAUGUGAACACACAGAAGGGGAUUGAAAUGACCAUGGCACAAUGGACACGAUACUAUGAGACUCCAGAGGAAGAGCGAGAAAAACUCUAUAAUGUUAUCAGCCUAGAGUUUAGCCACACCAGGCUUGAGAAUAUGGUGCAGCGGCCUUCCACGGUGGAUUUCAUUGACUGGGUAGAUAACAUGUGGCCAAGGCACUUGAAAGAAAGUCAGACUGAAUCAACAAAUGCCAUCUUAGAGAUGCAGUACCCUAAGGUGCAAAAGUACUGUCUAAUGAGUGUUCGAGGCUGCUAUACUGACUUCCAUGUGGAUUUUGGAGGUACUUCUGUUUGGUAUCACAUCCACCAAGGUGGAAAGGUCUUCUGGCUCAUCCCCCCUACAGCCCACAACCUGGAGCUGUACGAGAAUUGGCUGCUAUCAGGGAAACAGGGAGACAUCUUUCUGGGUGACCGGGUGUCAGAUUGCCAGCGAAUUGAACUCAAGCAGGGCUAUACCUUCGUUAUUCCCUCAGGUUGGAUUCAUGCUGUGUAUACUCCUACAGACACAUUAGUGUUUGGAGGCAAUUUUUUGCAUAGCUUCAACAUCCCCAUGCAAUUAAAGAUAUACAGCAUUGAAGAUCGAACACGGGUUCCAAAUAAAUUCCGUUACCCAUUUUACUAUGAAAUGUGCUGGUAUGUGUUGGAGCGCUAUGUAUACUGCAUAACCAAUCGAUCCCACCUAACUAAGGAAUUUCAGAAAGAAUCCCUUAGCAUGGAUAUGGAAUUAAAUGAGUUGGAGUCUGGAAAUGGUGAUGAAGAAGGGGUGGAUAGAGAAGCCCAACGCAUGAACAGUAAGCGAUCUGUGCUUACCAGCCCUGUUGCUAAUGGAGUCAACCUGGAUUAUGAUACACUUGGCAAAGCCUGCCGAAGUCUUCCAAGUCUGAAGAAAACUUUGUCUGGAGACUCAUCUUCAGACUCUAGCCGGGGAUCCCACAACGGCCAAGUUUGGGAUCCCCAGCGUAGCCCUAGAAAGGAUAGGCAAGUACAUCUGACCCACUUUGAACUUGAAGGUCUACGAUGUCUUGUAGAUAAGUUAGAGUCACUGCCACUGCACAAGAAGUGUGUCCCUACAGGGAUAGAAGAUGAAGAUGCUCUGAUUGCUGAUGUAAAGAUUUUGCUGGAAGAACUUGCCAGUAGUGAUCCCAAGUUAGCCCUCACUGGAGUCCCUAUAGUACAGUGGCCAAAAAGGGAUAAGCUUAAAUUCCCUACCAGGCCUAAGGUGAGGGUUCCUACAAUUCCCAUCACAAAGCCUCACACCAUGAAGCCAGCUCCACGCUUAACACCUGUAAGGCCUGCUGCAGCCUCCCCCAUUGUGUCAGGAGCCAGGCGGAGAAGAGUGCGCUGUAGGAAAUGCAAAGCAUGUGUGCAAGGAGAAUGUGGAGUCUGUCACUACUGCAGGGACAUGAAGAAAUUUGGUGGGCCUGGACGCAUGAAGCAAUCCUGUGUUCUCCGACAGUGCUUAGCACCCAGACUGCCUCAUUCAGUUACGUGUUCUCUGUGUGGAGAAGUAGAUCAGAAUGAAGAGACACAGGACUUUGAAAAGAAACUCAUGGAAUGCUGCAUCUGCAACGAGAUAGUUCAUCCUGGCUGCCUCCAGAUGGAUGGAGAGGGGUUGCUUAACGAGGAAUUGCCAAAUUGCUGGGAGUGUCCAAAGUGUUACCAGGAAGACAGCUCGGAAAAAGCCCAGAAGCGGAAAAUAGAAGAGAGUGAUGAAGAAGCUGUACAAGCCAAAGUCCUACGGCCCCUGAGGAGCUGCGAGGAGCCCCUCACACCCCCGCCUCACUCACCUACUUCCAUGCUGCAGCUCAUCCAUGACCCGGUUUCUCCCCGGGGUAUGGUGACUCGGUCAUCCCCUGGGGCUGGCCCCAGCGACCACCACAGUGCCAGCCGUGAUGAACGCUUCAAACGGCGGCAGUUGCUGCGGCUACAAGCCACAGAGCGCACCAUGGUACGGGAAAAGGAGAACAAUCCCAGCGGCAAAAAGGAGCUGUCUGAAGUUGAGAAAGCCAAGAUCCGGGGAUCGUACCUCACUGUCACGCUACAGAGGCCCACCAAAGAGCUCCACGGGACAUCCAUUGUGCCCAAGCUGCAGGCCAUCACGGCCUCCUCUGCCAACCUUCGCCCUAAUCCCCGCGUGCUAGUGCAGCACUGCCCAGCCCGAAACCCCCAUCAUGGGGAUGAGGAGGGGCUCGGGGGAGAGGAGGAGGAAGAGGAGGAGGAGGAGGAAGAUGACAGUGCAGAGGAGGGGGGUGCGGCCAGGCUGAAUGGCCGGGGCAGUUGGGCUCAGGAUGGAGACGAAAGCUGGAUGCAGCGGGAGGUCUGGAUGUCUGUCUUCCGCUACCUCAGCCGCAGAGAACUUUGUGAAUGUAUGCGAGUGUGCAAGACGUGGUAUAAAUGGUGCUGCGAUAAACGACUUUGGACAAAAAUUGACUUGAGUAGGUGUAAGGCCAUCGUACCCCAGGCUCUCAGUGGCAUCAUCAAGAGGCAGCCAGUGAGCCUCGACCUUAGUUGGACUAACAUCUCCAAAAAGCAGCUGACCUGGCUGGUCAAUAGGCUGCCAGGAUUAAAAGACCUCCUCCUAGCAGGCUGUUCCUGGUCUGCAGUAUCUGCCCUCAGCACCUCCAGCUGCCCCCUUCUCAGGACCCUUGAUCUUCGGUGGGCAGUAGGAAUUAAAGACCCACAAAUUCGGGAUUUGCUGACUCCACCCACAGAUAAACCAGGUCAAGACAAUCGAAGCAAACUCCGGAACAUGACUGACUUCCGGCUGGCAGGCCUUGACAUCACAGACGCCACUCUCCGACUCAUCAUUCGCCACAUGCCCCUUUUGUCUCGACUUGACCUCAGUCACUGCAGCCACCUUACAGAUCAGUCCUCCAACCUACUAACUGCUGUCGGGUCUUCCACUCGAUACUCCCUUACAGAGCUCAAUAUGGCAGGUUGCAAUAAAUUGACAGACCAGACCCUGUUCUUCCUAAGGCGAAUUGCUAAUGUCACCUUGAUUGACCUUCGAGGAUGCAAACAGAUCACAAGAAAAGCCUGUGAGCACUUCAUCUCAGACUUGUCCAUCAACAGCCUCUACUGCCUGUCUGAUGAGAAACUGAUACAGAAGAUUAGCUAAGACAUGCUCAGCCCAGACUGAUCAGGAAAAUCUUCCCCUGCCUUCCCACCAAGGAGAGUCUCUCCCUGACCCUACGCAGGCUCUGAGGCCAACGACACAUUCCCUCUCUGCUCUCUUUUCUCUGAGCCCUUCUCCCACAGGUGGGGCAGAGAGGUUGAUGGACAUCAAGGUUAUUGCCUGCUCCUCUCCCUCCCAAGGAAAAGAGAGGAGAGGUUGAUCAAGGAGAAAGCACAGGCUGUGCUAUCCCAGUACCUGCUUGCUUGCUUGUCUGCCAGCUAGGAAGCUGGGCUCUCAGUUUGGGGGAAUUUGUGCAUCUUUCACCUGCACUGGGCCAAGAACCCUCCCUUCUCAUCCAUAGUCCCCAGCAGUGCCUGGUUCUAAGCAAACUCUAGGGAGGAAGGCGACUUUGCCUCCAUAGCCAGAUUCUCCUCAUGGUGUCCGUUGCGCAUCUCUCCUCCGUUAAACUCUCCCGGCUUCUGCAGGAAGAGCCAACAGCCCUAGAAACCCCAGGCCUGGCAGGUCUCACUGGUGCUGUGAGUUGUCUGAAGCGUUGUUCCAUGUCUGUCAGAGCCCUUUUUUCUUGUCCCUGAGCUUGAUGCUGUCCAACACUCAUUCAUAUCAUACAGUCUCCAUUCUGCCAUCACCCUGAACUUUUCCACUAGUCACCCACUUGUCCAUUGUUGCACUUACUUGGGGUUAUCAAAAGCUCUUCGGAGAAGCUGGAACUUGCCCCCAGAAAUGCCCAUAUCAUUGCUACCCAGGCAUAUUCUAAGACAGGCAUCAUUACCCUUUCCCUCCCAUUGCUGCCCACCAACUGCCCUUUUCCAUUUGUCCUCUUUCCUGCCUGAGCAGGGCUUUUCCAGAGUUUGUGUCCUCAGAAGGAGCAGCGUGUUUCUCCAGGUGGGGGAAACAGAAGGCUGCUUAAAUCCCCACCUGCCUCCAAGCCAGGCUUUUCUGGGCUCUGGUUUAGCAUGGCCCUCUGAGCCCAGGCCUGUGUAUAACCUAGCAGCUCACUGACCUGGUGCCUUUUAAGGGGAGUCCUGAUUGAAAACCUACCCUCUGCCUGCAACCUUGGAAGUGUGUGUGCAUGUGCCUCUGUGUGUCUGACUAAGUGUGCUGCACAUAUGUGCAGGGAAGGAGGGGAGCAUGAUGUCUCCCUCUCCUCCAUUGCCCUUCUUCAAGCCCCAUCAGCUGCCCCCUUUUACUUUGCAUUGAACGGCCUGUCCAAAGAUCCUCUCUCUAGGGCAGCAGAGAGCUUUUUGCACUUUAAAAAAAAAAAAAGAGAGAAAGAAAGAGAAAGAAAGAAAGGCAGGAAGAAAGAAAGAAGGAAGGAGGUCAGAACUAUUCUGGGUAUGAGGAGAUGCUCAGCAGAGGCCUGUGGCCAGAGUUUGUCAGUGAUACAUGCAAAUUUGCACUCUGCUCCCCAUCUAUAGGAGAUUGAUAAUUGAUAGCACAGCCUUGCCCCGCCUUCUCUUAACCCAGAACAUACCCCUUCCAACUUUUCACCCCAUUUCCUGUAAUCUAGCCUCAGACUUUCCUAAACUCCAUCAGGAGGGGACAGAGCCCGGGCACCAUGAGUCUGAAAUGUGACCGCCCAAGGAGAGAUGCUAACUGUACCCUUGCCACUGCCAAAGCAAUAGAGGCAGAAGUGUCCCCUCUGCCACUCAGCCCAGCUUUGACCCUGGCAAUAACCAGACUUUUUUUCCAGGGAAACUGGGUUUCUGGCAAGGGGUGGCAUUGUUUCUUCCAAUCUGCUGAUUUCUCUUGGCUGCACCUUAAAAACAGCAGUCUGUUCCCUUGACCCUCUGCCAUUCCAUUGGUCUUCGGGUCCCAGAAUUCUGGGACUGAAAUGUUGAGGAAACGCCAGUGACUUAUUCCAGAGUGCCUCAGUUGGGGGAACUUCUGUAAAGAACCCUGGGUGUUGAGCAAAAACCUUAUUAAUCCUAUUAAUGACCUAUAAUUAGAAGCUUCCUGACUUUUUUUUUCUUUUUGGUUGCUCCUGUGGAAAAUACUAAAAUACUAAGUUUUGUUUGUUGUCUUUUUAUGAAAGGGGAGGUGGAGAGACCCUUUCAGAGCAGGGAUUGUGCCGGGAGAGUGCCUCUGACCUUUGGGACAGUUCAUCCACAGAAAUGUCUAAGCUGAUGGCUUGUCUGGGUUUUGGUCUUUGCAUUUGGAUUUAGAAAAAAAACAGCGUUUUACUGCACAGAAAUGUGUCAGUUGAAAAGGGAGCUCAGGAUGGUGGCAGAUGGACUGAAGCCCUUGCUGGGUCUUACUUUUCUUUAGGACUAUGAGGGAGAAUGAUUUUUAGAGGUGAGAGUUGGUCCUUGCAAAAGAGAGAAGUGUCUCUGAGGACAUAGAACACACAAGUUCAUAGUCCUGCAUCUACUAGCUGUGGUCUUGCCAGAGCCUGGCCUCAGACUGCAGGACCAGACCUCUGCCUUCAUCUUUCCAUGUACUGGGGCAAAAAACCACAAAGGAAAGGAAGAAAAUUAUAUAUAUAUAAUUAUAUAUAUAUAAUAUAAAAUCACUUGGUGAUUAAAAAAUAACUGCUCAAUAAAUAAAACUCCUAAAGUCACUAUGUUUAAAGGGUUUGGUUUUUUCCGGGGGGUGGGAAAUACUGUAAAUAUAUAUUUUUUGUUGCUUAUUUAGAGUCGAUCUCCAAUGUUGUGCUAAGAUUUUUAAAUUAAAUGUAAGCAUUAAGGGAAUGAGUCUUAGGCCACCAGCUGACAUAUUGGCAUUAUUUUGGGUCAGGGAAGGAAGAAAGCUAGUUGGACUUUGUUUUCUAAAAGUUCCCCACUUGGUUUUAGAAAGCGCAAAGAUGUCUUUCUUCUGACACUUGGGAAUGGGAGAUAUUUGUGUAAUAAAAUUUUUAAAAGACAAAAAAAGAAA